AGAGGAAGUAGUUAAAGCGACUGUGUUUGAGUUGAAGUUAAGUUUCAGAUGAACAGUCAGAGACUCAAGGACCAGGGUCCAAGUACAGCAAGGACAGCAGUAAUACUACAGUAAUACUACAGCGAGGACAGCAGUAAUACUACAGUAAUACUACAGCGAGGACAGCAGUAAUACUACAGUAAUACUACAGUGUUUAGAUACUGCAGUAACUGUAGUAUUUGCAGUAGUACUCUGGACUCUGAUGGCUAAAUGGGGAGAAGGAGAUCCUCGAUGGAUCGUUGAGGAGAGAGCCGACGCCACGAACGUCAACAACUGGCACUGGACGGAGCGUGAUGUCAGCGGUUGGUCAUCAGAGCGCCUCCGUCAGCUGCUGCUGGGGGUGCGAGUAGAGGGUCCAGAGGGCGUCUGUCAGCUGACCGACGUCUCCAAACUGGACGGAGAAGCUUCCAUCAACAACCGCAAAGGAAGACUCAUCUUCUUCUAUGAGUGGCAGCUGAGAGCCAGCUGGCUGGGGACGUCCAGCAGCGGAGUGAAGUACAGAGGAACCGUUGAAGUGUUCAAUCUGUCAGACGAGAACGACAUGGAUGACCUAGAUAUCUCAGUGUCUCUGUGUAAAGACCAGCCCAACACGCCGCUCCUCGACCUCAUGAAGAAGAGCGGGAUUAAAGAGGUCCGGAGGGUUCUGGGCGACUACGUCCACCAGCUCAAAUCAGAGUUCAGUCAGGGGAUGAUCCUUCCUGCUGCCGACGGACCAAAGCUGCCUCAACCUCAGACCAAGAAGAACCAGGUCCAGACCAAUAAAACUCAGAUAAGCUCCGCCUCCAGGUGCUCCUCUAGCCCCACCCCCUGUGCCGCAGGUGUUCGUAUCUCAACCUGCAGCUUUAAUCUGAAGGAAACUUUCCAAACAUCACCGGAUGAGCUCUACAGGACCUUCAUCAACCAGGAGUUUGUGCAGGUGUUUACGCGCUCGGCGGCGGUGGUGGACGGGUGUCGUGGCGGGAGGUUCCAGAUGUUGGACGGGAGCAUCAGCGGAGAGUUCACACAGCUGGUACCAGACCAGAGGAUCGAGAUGAGGUGGCGGUUCAGGACGUGGCCCGGCGAGCACUACGCCACCGUCAGUCUGGAGCUGGAGGACCGAGGAGGCGAGACAGAGCUGAGGAUGGAGUGUCGAGGAGUCCCUGCUGGGGAGGAGGACUCCACCAGGGAGGGUUGGACCCGGUUUUACUUCCAGGCCAUCAAACAGACCUUUGGAUACUGAGAGCCUCAGAUAGUGAACCCAGGAGCUCGUCUGACAGGCUGACUGAGUCCACAGGAUGAGAUAAACCUGCUUAAAGGAACAGUUUAAUCCUGCUGUUCUUCACUAACGUGGAGUCCCUCAUGGAGGCGAUUUAAAGGAACAGUCCAACAUUUGAAUACAGAGAUAGGUCCAGGACACGGUUAGCCUAGCUUAGCAUAACGACUGGAAGCAAGGGGGAAACGGAAAAGUAGUAGUGAAAAAAAGGAGCAACUGAACAAAAUAAUUUGUUGGACUGUUCCUUUAAAGUUUGACUGGUUCUGUGUGACUGAAUAAACGACUGGACAGAUGUUCUUUCUGUUUGUCUUGCUGUCAUUAGGACUACAGGCCGCUCUGGACCAAUGAGAGUCAAGAUUACUGCGUAGACUAUUCAGAAACAUCAUAGCAUCUUAUUUAUCUUCUCGACUGUUUAUUUAACACAUUUUGAGUAGAAACAUCUCGUUGAAAUAUUAGAUGAACUUAAUGCAACCUGUUUGGAGUGUUUUUCCCAUGGUGCACUGCAGUUUACACAACCUGUUCAGGUGGUUUCUUUACAGGAAGGAUACAUGACUGUGUGGGGAAGUUUUCAUAAUUAAUUCUAUAUUUGUAUUUAGUUAUUUAGACGUAAAUUAACACCAAUCAAACAAUAAAAACAUAAAUGUCCUUUAAUUGUAAAUGAAAUAUUACUAAAACUGAAUUUUACCAUGAAGUCUUCUGAUUAUAAAAUGUUCAAUAACAUAAAUCGGAUGUUACUUCACUGUAUAUUGGACGAUGUAAAUACAGUAAUCAUGUAAAAACAGGCUGAUACUCAUUUAAUCACAAUAACAGUUUAAAAACUCUCCCAGCUGCAACAUUAAAGUGUCAAUAAAUAUAAAUAUAUAUAUAUAAUAAAAUCACAUUAAUCUGAA